UAUACAUAAUAGUAUCCCUAUGGAAGAGAAUCAUUAUGAAUAUAAUGAAUGUGAGAAAGCUCUUAACCAGUCUCCCAGUGUUGGUGAUUAUCAGAGUAUUCAUGUGGGAAAAGACUCAUACAGAUGUUAUAAACCUGGGAAUAUGUUCAGUCAGUCAUCAAGACUAAAUAUACAUAACACAAUCGGUACUGAACAAAAAAGUUACAUUUGUAAGGAAUGUGGCAAAGCCUUUGACUGGCACUCAACACUGUGUCAACAUCAGCCAAUGUAUAUUGGAGGAAAACCUUACAAAUAUGAGGAAUGUGGCAAGGUUUUUAUCCACCACUCACACUUCACGCAACAUGACAGAAUUCGUACUGGAGAGAAAAUCUACCAAUGUAAAGAAUGUGGCAAGUGCUUUAACCAUCACUCAAAUCUUAGUCGCCAUUACAGAAUUCAUACUGGAGAGAAACCUUACCAAUGUAAAGAAUGUGGCAUGGCCUUUAACCAGCACUCAGUGCUUACUCGACAUCACAGAAUUCACACUGGAGAGAAACCUUACCAAUGUAAAGAAUGUGGCAAGGCCUUCAACCAGCACUCAAACCUUACUCAACAUCACAGAAUUCAUACUAGAGAGAAACCUUAUCAAUGUAAAGAAUGUGGCCAGGUCUUUAACCAUCACUCAAGCCUUACUCAACAUCACAGAAUUCAUAGUGGAGAGAAACCUUAUCAAUGUAAAGAAUGUGGCCAAGCCUUUAACCAGCACUCAAACCUUACCCGACAUCACAGAAUUCAUACUGGAGAGAAACCUUACCAAUGUAAAGAAUGUGGCAAGGCCUUUAACCAGCACUCAAAGCUUACCGAACAUCACAGAAUUCAUACUGGAGAGAAACCGUUCAUAUGUACAGAAUGUGGUCAAGCCUUUAACCGGCAUUCACACCUUACUCGACAUCACAGAAUUCAUACUGGAGAGAAACCUUACCAAUGUAAAGAAUGUGGCAAGGCCUUUAACCAGCACUCAAAGCUUACUGAACAUCACAGAAUUCAUACUGGGGAAAAACCUUACAUAUGCAAAGAAUGUGGCAAGGCCUUUAACCGACACUCACACCUGACUCGACAUCACAGAAUUCAUUUUGGACAGAAACCUUACAUAUGUAAGGAAUGUGGCCAUGCCUUUAUCCAGCACUCACACCUGAGUCAACAUCACAGAAUUCAUACUUGAGGGAAAGCUUACCAAAGUAAAGAAUGUGGGAAGGCCUUUAAUCACUGUUCAACCUUUACUCAUUAUCACCUAAUUCAUAGUGGAGCAAACCUUACAAUUUUAAAGAGUGUGAGAAAACUUUUAAGGACUACUCACCCCGUACUCCACAUUAGAGAAUUCAUAGUGGAGAGUAACCAUAAAAUUGUAAAGAAUGUGGAAAGGCUUUUAAGCAAUGGUAAUUCCUGAUCAGAGAAAGUGUAUUGGAGAAGAUUUUGAAAUAUGAAGAAUUUUGCAAGCCCUUUACUCAGAGGUCACGUUUCAUUCAACAUCACAGAAUUCAUACUGGGGAAGAACUUAUAAAUGUAAAGAACAUGGGAAAACUUUUAGAACUGCUCAACCCUUUCCAGCAUCUCAGAGUUUAUACUGAGGAGAAACAUCACAAAGUUAAAGGGUGUCACAAGCCUCUAGCUGGAACUCACAACUUACUCAACAUCAUAGCAAUCAUACAGCAUAGAUAAAUGUAAAAUGUAGAGAAAGUUGCAGUGCCUUUAACUGGAAUUCAGUCUAUACUCAGUAUCCCAAAAUGCACACUAGAUUCAAACCCUAGAAACAUAAUCAAUGAGGAAAGACCUUCAUUUUAAAUAUUCACUGUAGCAAACACCAGAGAGUACAUAAAGGUAAGUUACUUGAAAGAUGUAAAUAUUUAGAAAUGUAUGUAAGUAAACAUCAAAUGUCAAUAAUAUCACAGAAAUCAAGUAGAAAGCAGUACAUGAGUCCAUCUAUUCAGACAUUAUAUCAAAAUACUCAUUAUAA